UCGUAGAAAAAAAAAUGGUUAAGAACUUUUCGAUUUAUUUUGUCAUCGAGAAGUAUCGCAUAUACUUGUGUUAGUGGGCACAACUAAUUAACAUCUUGUAUAUAAACGCACGGAUAUACAAUAUUUUAGAUAGAUAAAUUCAUUUUUUCAAGAGGCAAAUUUCGAAGAAAAAGACUAUGAAUAUGAGCCAUAGAGCUCAAUGGUGUCGACAGUUCAUUGUCAGUAUCACUACUGGGAGUACAACUUUAAUCAACAAAGUUGCUACUCCGAAUAGUCAAGUUUGUAAAAUUAAUUCAAGAAGAAGAGAGAGAACAAGAUAGAAAGUCCUUGUCUGCUUAUUGAAUUAAGGCUUACAUGCAUUUUGUCAGUAUGGACAAUUUUCCUAUGCAAAACUAUGAGAAUAAGAUGGAAACAUUUGAGACGUACAAUGAAUCUGCAGCUACUGCUGCAAAUCGCCAACGUGAGAUCACUCAAACUCAGUCUGUGAAUAGUCAAACACCUACUCAACAGAUGCAAGUGCAAAGUCAAGAGAAUCGUGACACGCUGGUGCUGCAACAGCAGCAGCAGCAUCAAACGCAUCAAAUGACGCAGAUCCAGUCAAACGCUCAACAGAGCACAACACUAACUCCAGUCAGAUUACCUGCUAUAUUAGAUGGAGAGUAUUUUACAGUGACCAGAGUAGAGGAUACCAAUGUUACUGUGCGUUGUCAGCAAUGUCAAAAAUUGUUGAAUGGCAAUCUGAAGUCUACUGGCAAUUUCCUUAGUCAUAUAAAGCGAUUGCAUCCGUCCUUGAUCGAAAAAAUAAGAUGCAAAUCUAAUCAAAGGAAACCGGCAAUGGUAUACAUCGAUUCAAUGUCGCCUGAUAAGUGCUCCGAAAUAGUGCGAACAAGACGCGUAGUGUUACAAAAUAAAAAGCGUUGCAAAACGGAGGAAUGUGUAGCUGAAAACGAAGAAUCUUACGAGCAUCAAUCUGCGGAUUGGAGCGACACAUCGCUAGUUCGACGACGCUCCGAGGAAACAGAAUCCACGGAUUUGUCUCUAAGAAUACCACAUAACAAUUCGUUCGUAGUGGAAGACGAGUACGACGCGAUCGGUCGUAACGUCGCCGCCAAGCUUAGGAACAUGAGAGUAGAUCAAAGAAUAAUAGCUGAAAAAUUAUUGAACGAUAUUUUAUUCGAGGCUCAGCUUGGUAAUCUUCACAGAGAUUCGAGUAUUCAUGUGUGAGAAAGAAAGAUGUGUACACACACACACACAUAUAUAUAUAUAUAUACAUAUAUAUAUAUAAA